AUGGUUAGGGAAGACAGGACAUCUUGGAAAGCCAACUAUUUUGUGAAGCUCAUUGAAUUGUUUGAUCAGUACGGAAAGUGCUUUCUUGUUGGCGUGGACAAUGUCGGGUCCAAGCAGAUGCAGGAAAUCCGGCAGGCUAUGAGGGGUCACGCUGUCAUCCUAAUGGGUAAGAACACCAUGAUACGCAAGGCAAUUCGCGGACAUCUUACAAAAAAUCCUUCUCUGGAGAAGCUCCUGCCACACAUCGUGCAGAAUGUCGGAUUCGUUUUCACCGAUGGUGACCUAGGCGAUAUUCGUAAGAAGCUGUUAGAGAAUAGGAGGGGUGCCCCUGCUAAAGCAGGUGCCAUCGCACCUUGCGAUGUCAAACUCCCACCGCAGAACACUGGGAUGGGUCCAGAGAAGACCUCGUUUUUCCAGGCUCUGCAGAUUCCCACAAAGAUCGCCAGGGGUACUAUUGAAAUCUUGAAUGAGGUGCAUCUUAUAAAAGAAGGAGAAAAAGUCGGAGCUUCCGAAGCCGCUUUGCUUAACAUGCUUGGCGUGACUCCGUUCUCGUAUGGCCUUGUUGUUGUCCAGGUCUAUGACAAUGGUAGUAUUUACUCUCCUGAAAUUCUCGAUAUGACCACCGAAGAACUCCGUAGACGAUUUAUGACUGGUGUUCGUAAUGUUGCUGCGGUUUCACUGGGGAUCAAGUAUCCAACGGUUGCGUCCGCUCCUCAUUUGUUGGCUAAAGGAGUACAGAACAUGCUGGGAAUUGCUGCCGCCACCGAUGUGAGUUUCAAGGAAGCUGCUCAGCUAAAAGAAUUCUUGGCUGAUCCAAGCAAGUUCGCUGCUGUAACUGCUCCAACAUCUGCUGCUGUUGCUCCAGCUGCCGCUACUGUUGAACCCACAAAGGAAGAGGCAACUUUUGUUACCAUGCUGAUCUUCAAAGAUAUAUUCACCGAUGACGAAUUGUCGUCAGAUUCCUUUCCCAUGAAACUCGUUGAUGGUAUCAUCUAUGAGUUUAAGGGUAAACAUGUUGUUCGUAAGGAAGGUGAAAUUAUGUUGCCCGGAGCCAACCCAUCUGUUGAGGAUGAUGAAGAAGGUGAAAAUGACUCCGAGGAGCAUGUGGAACGUGGGAUCGACAUUGUUCUCAAUCACAAACUAGUGGAGAUGAAUUGCUACGAGGACCAAGCAACCUUUAAAUCGUACGUGAAAUCAUUUAUGAAGAAGGUUGUUGAUCACAUGGAAAAAAAUGGCAGGUCUAAAGAGGAAGUGGAUACAUUCAAGAAGAAGAUCCAAGCUUGGGUUGUUUCUCUUCUCGACAAGAAACGGUGGAAAAACUUACAAUUUUUUAUUGGAGAGCGAAUGGCAGAUGGAGCUGGUGAAGGUCAGGUUGCAAUUAUAGAAUACCGAGAUGUUAAUGAGGAAGAAGUUCCAACUUUAAUGCUCAUAAAGGAAGCCAUCGUUUCGGAAAAGAUUUAA